AUGGCGUACUACGUGGACCUUGAAUUGAUUUGUGAUGUCCUCCAACAACUAGCCAUUGAACACUGGUGGCGCUUUGAACAAUCAUGGGAAUGGGAAGAACUUGACAAGUCGAUUUUUUAUGAUCGUAUCACACUUGGACUUUAUCCUGAGGGACAUUCGGAACGCUUAGAGAUAUUGAAUGAUUUUGGUAAUCAUCUGAACAUGCGGUUUAAGCAAUAUGGAAGACCAGAAGAUCUUGAGGAGUCCAUUCAGUGUGAUCGUGCCGUCCUGCGUCUGACCCCCGAGGGCCAUCCCGGUCGACCCGGAUCUCUGAAUAACCUAUCUGUUUCCCUUCAGAAUCGAUUCCAACGCUAUGGAAGGACUACAGAUCUUGAUGAGGCCAUCAAAUGUAGUCGUGCCGCUCUGCAACUUUGCCCCGAUGGUCACCCGGAUCGUUCUAUGUAUCUAAAUACACUUGGAGCUGCCCUUCGAGCUCGAUUUCAACAGUUUGGAGAGACCGCAGACCUUGAAGAGGCCAUCAAGCGUGAUAGUGCUGCUUUGCAACUUUGCAGUGACGACCAUCCCAGUUUUACGUCUCUAAACAAUCUUGCAGUUUCCCUCCGAGCUCGAUUUUCGCUGCAUGGGAAAAUUCCAGUCCUUGAUGAAGCCAUCAAGUACCACCGUGCUGCUCUGCAACUUCCUCCAGGCCGCCAUCCCAAUCAUUCCUUGUCUCUGAAUAAUCUUGCAAACUCGUUGGUAACACGAUUCCAACAGUGUGGUCAGAUCGCAGACCUUGAUGAGGCCAUUGAGCAUCAUCGUGCCGCCCUGCAGCUACGCCCCGACGGCAACCCCAAUCGUUGCGGUUCUCUAGAUAACCUCGCAAAUUGCCUUCAAAUUCGAUAUCAACAGCACGGAUGGAUCACGGACCUUGGUGAGUCCAUCGAGCACCGUCAUCCUGCCCUGCGACUUCGUCCGGCCGGCCAUCCCGAUCGUUCCGCGUCUCUGAUCAACCUUGCGGCUUCCAUUCAAAGUCGAUUUCACCAUUAUGGACAAGAAGCGGACCUUGAAGAAGCCAUUGCGCAUGCUAGAGCUGCCUUGCAACUUUGCUCCGACAAUCAUCCCUAUCGUCCUAUGUCUCUGAAUGGCCUUGCGGGAUCCCUACGGCAUCGAUUCGAACGGCACGGGCAAACUGCAGACCUUGACGAGUCCAUUGAGCACCAUCGUGCUGCUCUGCAGCUUUGCUCUGACGGACAUCCCUAUCGUUCCGUGUCUCUGGACAACCUUGCUGCCUCCCUUCGAACUCGUUUUGAUCAUUAUGGACAGGUGACGGACAUUAACGAGGCCAUCAAGCAUCAUCGUACUGCCCUGCAACUUUGCCCCGAAGGCCAUCCUGAUCAUUCUGGGUCAUUGAGUAGCUUCGCCUCUUCAUUACUCUCUCGGUUUAUGGAGUUUGGGCUCACGCAGGAUUUUGAAGAAUGUACACAAUUACUCGAACUUGCCGCCGAACAUAAGUUUUCAAGCCUGAUGAUGCGCCUCGAGAUUGCCUACAGGUGGGCUCGCCUUGCUCGAAGUCAUGCUCACCCUACCACAUCCAGAGCUUACAGGGUGGCAAUGUUGCUUUUCCAACGUGCAGUCAUUAUUAGCCCCACUCUUCAUUCACAGCAUGAUUUCCUCCUGGAAAAAUGCGACCAUGGACAGCUUGCAUUAGACGCAGCUGCCUACGCUAUAGAAGAAAACAGAUUCGAAGAAGCCAUAGAGAUACUUGAACAAGGAAGGGCUCUUCUCUGGUCGUUGAUGCGCGGAUUUAGGGCACCUCUAGAGCGCCUUGCGGAAACAAACAAGCAGCUCGCUGAUAAGUUCAGGAAUAGGGUUUUGUUCGAGGAGAGGCUGAAGCUGAAGAGGCGAAUAUCUAACGAGCAGGAGGGGCUUAUCAGUGAGAUACGACGAAUCCUGGGGUUUGAGGACUUUCUCACAGCUACGCCGUUAAAAGUCUUGCAGCAGGCAGCUUCGGAGGGUCCGGUGAUUGUGGUCAACCAUUGUGAAUAUCGAUCCGAUGCACUCAUUGUACUCUCUCGGGAGGAUCUAUCGAUUGUUUGUAUUCCAUUGGAUGAAGAGUUCUAUGAUGAUAGCACUGAUCUAUGUGAGGAGCUCCUGGAGACACGUACAAGUUUUGGAGCCAACUCGCAAGAGUAUGACAGGAUACUCUGCCAAACGAUGAAGACUUUGUGGGAUAGGGUAGUCUCCAAAGUGGUCGAUAAACUAAAGGAGCUCGGUAUUGAGGAGGGGGCGCGGAUAUGGUGGUGCCCCACGUCUAUAUUGUCAGCGCUUCCUUUUCAUGCCGCGGGUCCGUUCAGAGAUUCAUGUGGUACUACCAGUUAUCUACUGGACAAAUAUAUCUCAUCAUAUACUCCGACACUUGGGGCGCUGAUCAAUGCACAAUCAGGUGGUAGUGGAGAUGACCGAGUGGUACGCGAACCAGUGGUACUUAUCGUUGGAGAUACCUCACUUGAGUCAGCCAGUAAGGAAAUUUGCAACAUUAGGAGCUAUCGCGGCAUAAGGACCAAAGUACGUUGCAAUGCAUCCCGUGAUAUAGUAAUUAAAGCGCUUCGGAAAACGUCAUGGGUGCAUUUUGUUUGUCAUGGAAGAUUGAAUUCAAAACCGUUCGACUCUGCCUUCAAAUUGUCCGACCGUGGGCUGACUUUACUCGAUAUUGUCCAAACGAAUCUUCCGAAUGCAGAGUUCGCGUUUCUUUCUGCUUGCCACACUGCCGAGCAGCCUCACGAUGGUAUGCAUGAUGAAGUACUUCACCUUGCUGCGGCUAUGCAGUUCUCUGGAUUCCGAAGUGUGAUCGGAUCGAUGUGGGAGCUACUUGAUGUGGAUGGGCCGUUCUUUGCUAAAGUGGUUUAUGGGCACAUGUGCAGUUGCAAGGAGAGUGAGGCAACGUACAAGCGUGCGGCUGCGGGACUUCGCAAAGCAGCUGUUAAACUUAAACUUGAAGGGCGGAAUGAGAUUCGGACUGAGAGAUGGGUGAAUUUGAUUCACAUAGGCGCUUAA